CUGAUAUGCUACUAUGGAGGUCAAUAACUCACUCCGAACAUCUCAAUCUAUUGAAUCUCAAUCUACUGAAUCUGAAUACGCUGAAUCCAAUCAAUCUCAGCCUCGUCACCGAUACCUAUCAUGCGAUGAACGGAUCUGGGUCCAUACACUUCGAGAUAUUGGAUGGCAAUUGGACGACAUCGUGAAGAUGCUCAACAUCUCAUGGGCUCAAGCUCAGUAUGCUGCCUCCCAUAGAGUGACUCCUAAGAAGUGCCCAGGGCAUCCUCCAGUACUCAGUAAGAAGCAGAUAGAUGAGAUAGAGCUAUUCAUUGUCUCUAGCAAGACUGGAAAGCUGAUGAGCUAUCUAGAACUCUCAAAGCCCCCUCUAUCGGAGGCUAAUAAGUGGGAGAGACUCCAUUGGGUACAAGAGCAUAUAAAUUGGACACGAGAACAAUGUGAUAAUAAAAAAGGCCCAGGGAUCUUUUGGGAGAAAGAUUGGGGUACUAUUGUCAGAUUUGAUGAUGGGUUGACUGAUUGUAUUCAGACAGUCUGGUGCAUGAUGAAAGACUAUAUUGAACAGAAAUGGGGUUCUGAUCACAGGUUUUCCUAUGAUGAACUGAGGGUAGCUGUACAGGAGGCAUGGAAUGCGAUUUCUGAGGAGGAUCUUGAUGCUCUAACAGAUAGCAUGUCGGCUAGGUGUGACGCAGUGAUAGCUGCUCAGAGCGGCCAUACGAAGUACUAG